GUCAUGGUCGGCGUUGGCCAGACCGACACCCAACACCAUUGGACUCUAGAGAGCAGGGAUAUUGCUCUCGUCUCGCCGGCAGCGUCUCGUCCCGGGCCGAAGCCACGGAACGGCGGUCAGUGGACGUCCCCACCUACCGCAUCCCGUCUUCUUCCAGCCGCUGAGGUCUGAACUUUCUCCAUACCUGAUUCACUGACUACAUACAUACCUGUACUCACUCAACCUGCGCAUUCUGCUCCGGCACUGCCGACAGCAUCAUUGUCCUCAUGUCGAAUACCGUGAUUAGCUGACUGGAGGGUGCCGUGUUGCCCGCACAUAGCGUCGUCAAGUGUCAGAUCAAGUGUGAUAAGAAAGGACCCACGCACACCUACUGGGAACCGCAAUGGAGGGCUCUCCCGCGCCAGCACUCAUGGCGCUACGAGAGCAGUUUGGUGACCGCAAGCCCCCUGAUAUUACUCGAAAGAUCACCGCGUGCGUGGCCUGCAGGAAGCAGAAGAUCAAGUGUAACAUGAGAGGAGACGGCCAGCCACCUUGUGUACGUUGCAAAAAGCGAGGCUUGUCGUGCACAGUGAAUCGCAGUCUGCAGAUGAUCUUGGAGAGUGAUGCCACGUGGAAGGAGGUGAUGGAACGCAAGAUCCGAGUCCUGGAAUCUGCGCUCAGCACCGUGGGAAGUCAUAUAAAUUUGCCUAACCUUCUCGAGAACGCGUUAGACGAGGACGAAGAUCUGGCAGUGGCAGAAGCUCCAUCAUCUAGCGGCCCGACUCCCACGAGAGCACUGCAGGCUCACGCUUCACCAAAUACCGAAAAACACACUCCCCACGACUACGACGUGGUGAUGGAUCCUGACGCAGGACCUGCUGCUAUUCCGGGUUCCAUCAUUUCGCCCAUUGUCACCAUUCCUGGUCUGGAACAGAACCGUUCGGAGCAGGACAUCAUCAAUCGCAAAAUUAUUGGCGAGAAGCAAGCACAAGCGUACCUCGAUAUUUAUCAGAACCGUCUGGACCAUUUCGUUUACCGCAUCAUCGGGGAUCGCAAGACCUUGAGUGAGGUGAGAGCAGAUUCGCCUCUUUUGCUGGCUGCCAUUUGCACAGUUGGAGCACUGCAUCUGGCCACUCCCGAUUUCGAAAAGUGCUACCAAGAGUUCGUCGCAAUUGCAGCAGCACAGACGUUCUCGAGGCGAAAUACAGUAGACGAUAUCAGGGGACUGUGUAUUGGCGCAUUUUGGCUGAGCGGCAUUUCGUGGACCUGCAUUGGAGCAGCAGUCCGAAUAUCGACAGAAAUCCAGCUUCACAGAAGCAUUUUCAGGGCUUUGCAGGGCGAGAGAAGCCAUUACCUUCGCACUAGAUUGUAUUACCUUGUCUUCAUCUGCGAUCACCAUUUUUCCGUCGCGUACGGCAGGCCACCCAUGACACGGCAGGACGACUCGAUUCGAGCUAUACUGCAGUUUCUGGAAACGGAACAUGCCGUGGAAGAUGAUCUGCGACUGGCAUCACAAGUACAGUUUUGGUCGGUGGGUAGCGAUAUAUAUCAGAUGUUCGGCGUUGAUGUGGAAAGACCCCUCGAGCUGAGCUCUAUUGAUCCCAUCAGAAGGUUCUCGAUCAGCCUGGAUAGGAUCAGAAUUGACUGGGCACAGCGUCUACACGCAAAUCGCUAUGUCGGCAACUACCCGGCCAAAGGUGUGACGAUGCACUACCAUUUCGCAAGGUUGUAUUUGUUUUCGAUGGCGUUUCGGGGCAUUGGCAAGCCGGAAUUCCGGGCCCCAAAUGUCGCUCUCGAGAUUGAUGAGCUUGCGAAUCAAGCUUUGCUUUCUGCGACGGCCAUUCUGAGCGCUGUACGAGAUGACGAGGAGAUUCAAGGACAUCUCAACGGCCUUCCCACAUAUUUCGAUGUCAUGAUUGCUUUUGCUGUCGUUUUCGUGCUGAAAGUCUCCGCGAAAUAUGCCGGGUCUCUCCGUGUUGACACCACAGAAAUUCGAGGACUGGUCACAGACUUAAUUGCCGUACUAAAGAAGAUCACCAAGCGAAUGCACCCGCGGCACUUGCUGGUGUCCGUGGCGAAUGGUGCAGAGACGCUAUUGGGAAAGACAUCUAUGCAGGAACCUACCGGCUCGGUCCCUGCUAACGCUCAUGUGACUAUGGCACAGCCAACUUUCGACCAGAGCCUGUUCGACAUGUCGGCGAAUUGGGACGGUACCACCGUGGACAAUUUCUUCAUGGGGGAGUUCGACUUCUUGGGUGACCAGUCCAUGAACACCUAUCAGCCAGAUCUGCUGAACUAUGGUAAUUUGGGGCCCAUGCAGUGAUUGGAGUCGAUAUUCGACUUGGAGGGUCGACAUGUGCGAAGCAGCGUUUCUGUAUCUUCGCGGAAUUGGGACCAAAGCCUCUCAUUGUAUGUUUUGAACCCGUCAUAGUCGCAGAUGCAACAUCGAGCGCACUGCGGUCGAUGAACAGACCGUUCCUUCACCGACUUUGAAAGGCAACGCUCUCAAUGGCGAGUCGUGCUUGGCGCUGCAGUGCGUUUAUCGGCUUUCUGCGUUGCCUCUUCGAAGAGCUAGCUAGCUAUCUUCGCAUAGCUCAACUGUGGAACGGCUUGAGAAACAUUGGUGACAGCAGGAGCGGCUGAGACGAAGUUCGUCGUCUCGACACUCGGAUGCAUUGGUCAUUCUUGCUAGAUGAUUUCUCUAUGAUCCAUGCUUGUCCGCGGGUUGAGCCACGUUCGCCGUUUCCAGUUGUUAUUGCCGGGAAUCGUCGCACUGGACCAAUCGACGAUAUGGAAGCCAUACUGCGUACCUUGCGGGAGUCCAGGCAACCUAGGAAGCUGGUCGAAGAGGUGGUGUAUACAAAGAGCACUUGGCGAGAAGUGGAAUGAGAUAUGACCUGACACACAUGGUAGCGACCAUGCGGAGGGAGUUCUAAUAUAGGAGUACAGCUGCGGGAUGAAGGCCGUUCCGAGUUUCCUCCCGUUACCGAUCGUCGAACCCGGCAAAUUCUACUGGGCGGGACAGUAUCGGCUAUGUGGCCGACCAGGCUGGACUUCACACCGUGGUUGGCAUAUGCCAGUCAUUCGUACGACGCAAACGGAGAGUGCUGGGCGGCCAUCCUUUUGUUGUCGUUGACAUAGUGCCACACGCCUCUCUCUCUCUCUCUCUCUCACGCAACCAAGCCCACAACCAACAACAUGGCUGCGUUGGCGACUCUACCGAAGGUGUGACAGCCCAGAUAAUGCCUUACUCAAGCAUAUCCACUACGCUCCAUGUACUGGAUGGGUCCCAGCUGGGUACCGGCGGCCACAAUCAGUGUUCUCAACGUGGUUAUAUCUCCGUUUGACAAAAGAGCGGAUACGGGAUCUUUGUCAUACAUGUACUGGACAUUGAUGACGUAUUGGUCGUUGUUCCACUUCCUGCGGUUGGCUGCUAGCCGUGAAGGACAUUGCUCUCAGUCGCACAAAUGGUUUGUCACCUUCGGCAAGGCUUUCUGUUGUUACCAAAGCGCUUUGGGUUGGUUGUGCAUGCCCAUCCAGUUCCAGAAACCUACUGAUGGUGUUCAUGCCCUUACAGCAUCUGACGAUGGCUGUAGAAGUCCAAGUUACAGCAUGCGGUAAGAUGGCUCGCCUCCGGAAGACUUGCCAGUGAGAUAGAUGGUCAGCUGAGCGAAUCGAUAUCCGGUUCCUCAUGCAAUACUCAGAUAUCAAUCUUGUCAGGGUUGUAAUGGAAAUAAAUCGUCGAAAGACAAUCUCCUUGCCGAAUAAUACACUGUUGAGACUUUUUCCAUUCACCCCAGAUCCAGAUAGACCACCAGAGAUUCGACUUUUCUCUAGGCGAGCCACGCACAUUGACUUGACCCAUCUUGUCGACUGGCGAUUACG